AUGGUGUCUCCAGAAAUUCAAAAGGACAUUGCUCAUUGCUUUGCAGAGGUCAUAGUAAAUUCUAUUAUUGAAGAGAUCGGUGGUGAUGUGUUUUGCUUGAUGGUUGAUGAAUCCGCUGAUGUCUCAGACAAGGAACAAAUGGCUAAAUGGCUGUUGUUUUACGUGCUCGAAUAUGUGGAGAAGUAUGGCCUAAAUGACAGUAAGAGGAGUCAAGCCCGUGGGCUCAUAGAUUAUCUUCAAGACUUUGAUUUUGUGUUUCAUUUGCAUUUGAUGUUGAUAAUCUUGGGGCAUGCAAAUGCUCUAUCACUUUGUUUACAAAGGAAAAAUCGAGACAUAUUGGAGGCCAUGCUAGAGGUGAAGUCAACCAAAGAAAAAUUCCAGGAGAUUAGAGAUGAUGGUUGGGAAUCUUUAUGGGAGAAAACAUAUUCAUUUUGUGAUGAGCAUGGCACUGCUAGGUUGGACAUGGAAGAGGAGUACAUUGAACGUCAUAAACCAAGGAAAAAGACAAACCGCACUAAUUACCAACACUAUAGAUGGGAUUGUGUGAACCCUGUUUUAGACUUGCUACUUAUUGAGUUUAAUGAUCGUUUCAGUGAAACAAAUUCAAAUUUGCUUACUUGCAUGGCUGCUUUCAAUCCUAAGGAUUCUUUUGCUGACUUCAAAUUGGAUAGCCUCAUGGAACUUGCUAAGCUAUAUCCUAAUGAUUUUAGUUCAUUUCAAAUGAAGGACCUUGCUCAUGAACUUGACAUAUACAUUGACAAUGUAUGA